CUUUAUGUGUGACAAAUCGCGACAUAAACCGCAAAACCUCGUGUUCGGUGUUUACGCUUUUUUCAUGCACGGAAAGGGUCCGACAGUACGGUCAAAAUGCUGUACCUAGUUGGGUUGGGACUGGGAGACGUGCGUGACAUCACACUGAAAGGGUUGGAUGUCGUUAAGAAUGCCAGUAAAGUCUUCCUCGAAGCGUAUACAUCCGUACUAACCGUUGGUCAAGAAGAAUUGGAAGCAUUCUACGGGAAGGAGCUCGUGGUAGCUGAUCGCGAAAUGGUAGAGCAAGGUUGUGAAACGAUCUUGGAAGACGCAAAGGACAAAGAUGUAGCAUUUCUUGUUGUGGGAGACCCACUGGGUGCCACCACGCACACCGAUCUGAUCCUUCGUGCCCGCGAGCUGGGGAUACAAACACAGGUUAUACACAAUGCUUCUAUCAUGACUGCUGUGGGAUGCUGUGGAUUACAGCUGUAUAACUUUGGUGAGACGGUAUCCAUCGUAAUGUGGACGGAGUCAUGGCAACCCUGCAGCUAUUAUGACAGAAUAGCAGCAAACCGAAGAAGGGGUCUUCACACACUUUGUUUAUUGGACAUCAAGAUGAAAGAGAAAUCAGUGGAAAACCUCAUAAAGGGCAGAAACAUAUAUGAACCACCACGAUUUAUGAUGGUGUCUGAGGCAGCAGAACAGCUGUUAGCUGUACAUGACAUGAGACUUGCAGAGGGUAUUUUGGAAACCGAAUUUGCUUACAACAAGGAUACUCCAUGCAUAGGUCUUGCACGUGUCGGCACAGCAACCCAAGAAAUUGUGUGUCGUCCGCUGGCAAAGCUUGCCCAUUGCGACCUUGGUGGCCCAUUGCAUUCAUUGAUUAUACCUGGAGACUUGCAUCCUCUGGAGGUCGAAAUGCUAAAGUUUUAUGCUGACAGUCCGGAAACCAUAGAAAUAUUGAAAGAAGGAGUGAAACAACACUAACACAGAAUCAGUAUGAAUUUUGACACAUGUACAUAAAUAAAGUUUAUUUGAACCACA